ACAGGCUUCUAUCCUUCCUGCUAACUUCUGCCUUCAGAAACACAAGACUUCAAGUUCCCAGUAAGCCACCAUGAUUCUUUUUCCUGAAGCUGAUGGUAAAUUCACAGUUGAAAUGUACAGGCAGCUCAGAGAAUCAGACAAGAACAUUUUCUAUUCCCCGAUCAGCAUGAUAACAGCACUAGGAAUGCUCAAGCUUGGAGCCAAAGGAAACACUGAAAUACAAAUUGAGAAGGUUCUUCAAUGCAAUGAAACCACCGAGAAGACAACAGAAAAAUCUGCACACUGCGAUGAUGAAGAUAAUGUCCAUGAACAAUUUCAAAAGCUUAUAACUCAGUUAAACAAAUCCAAUGAUGAUUAUGACCUGAAGGCUGCCAACAGUAUCUAUGGAGCAAAGGGUUUCCCAUUACUCCAGACAUUUUUGGAAGACAUUAAGGAAUAUUAUCAUGCUAACGUGGAAUCACUGGAUUUCGAACAUGCAGCAGAAGAGAGUGAAAAGAAGAUUAAUUUCUGGGUGAAAAACGAAACAAACGGAAAAAUCAAAGACUUAUUUCCUAGUGGGAGCCUGAGCAGUAGCACUAAACUGGUUCUGGUGAAUGCAGUGUAUUUCAAAGGACGAUGGAAUCACAAAUUUGAUGAAAACAAUACCAUAGAAGAAAUGUUUUGGCUGAACAAGAACACAAGUAUACCUGUCCCGAUGAUGAAACAAAGAAACAAAUUUAUGUUCAGCUUUCUGGAGGAUGUGCAGGCCCAGAUUGUGGAAAUACCAUACAAAGGCAAAGAGCUAAGUAUGUUUGUCCUGCUGCCAAUGGAAAUCGAUGGUCUGAAGCAGCUUGAAAAACAACUCACUGCUGCCAAGUUACUAGAGUGGACAAGAGCAGAAAACAUGCAUUUGACUGAAUUGUAUUUAUGGUUGCCUCGGUUCAAAGUGGAAGAGAAGUAUGACCUCCCAGUCCCAUUGGAAUGCAUGGGGAUGGUCAAUGCCUUUGAUCCACAGAAGGCUGACUUCUCUGGCAUGAGCAGCACUCAAGGUCUCGUGGUGUCUAAAGUUUUACACAAGUCCUUUGUGGAGGUAAAUGAAGAGGGAACAGAAGCUGAUCCUGCCUCGGGGGAGGAAGUCAUUUUAAGAUUAGCACAGGUAGCAGAUUUCCGUUGUGAUCAUCCUUUCCUAUUCUUCAUCAUUCACAGCAAGACCAACAGCAUCCUCUUCUUUGGCAGAAUCUCCUCCCCUUAAGUGUGGUGUCUCUUCCAUGUGUCCAGAAAGUUAACAAGGUUGCUACAGCUAAUUGAGGCAUGGAAACAUGUUUAUCUUCCUUCAUUCUUUUUCUCAUAUCCAAGUCUCUGCUAAGAAUGCAUUAGUUGGGCCAGGAUAGCUCUAUCAACUCUAUUUUUCUUCAUUCCCUUAUUUUUUUCUAUAUAUCCAUACAUUCUCUUGGGGAAAAUGUUCAACAAAAGGAUGAAGGGAUAUUUUAAUCUAGGUUCUUCUAAUCUAGCAUGUAUCUGUGCCCUGUGUCAAGUGAGCUAGAGAAAAAUCAGACCUUCCUUUUAAACUGAUUAAUAUUAGCAUCUACAUUGCUUUAUGAGAUAUCUGGAAAUUUCAUAAGCUUAUAAAUGUUGUGAUUUUACAAAAUACAUUUUCAAUAAAAUAAUGAUCUUUUCAAC